UUAGUGGAUGUAUUCUUGAUAAAAUCAGACUUGUGUUUCUUUUUGUGAAGUGAAUUCAUCAUUUGUUUAUUAUCAUAUUGAACAUUAUUAUCAUUUUUUUAAAUAUAAUACAAUGGAGUUUACUAAACGGAUUAGAAAAAGUGGUAUGCUAUACAGGCAUAGGGAUACACAUAGGGAUAAAUUACAAAAAACAAAUGGAAACUUGGCGAAUGUUGUGGUUAGUUCAUCGACAUAAUUUAAUGACUGCCUUGGCGAAUUUGUAAGUGCUUAUGUUUGUGUUGUAUAAUUCGCGACAAUCCGCGUGCUUUAUUGUUGAGUUCACAAGACAAAGUGAGUUGAAUACACGAAGCGACAUUUGACAACUGACGUUUCAACCAAGAUGUCGAAACUUGGUGAGAAGAGAUGUGACGGUUACCCAACAGUUUGCAUGCUUAAAUUUUAUAAAAAUGUUCAUAAAUUGGAACAUGCUUUGUGUUUUAGGUACCCGAAAAUACACAUUCGGAAGAUGAUGCUGCAGCGCUUUCAGAUGGUGGGGGAUUCCUCAAUGAAAGUCACGAUUGCUCUAGCGUUUGCUUCAGUGACGAGUGCGAUAUUAUCAAUGCUGCUGAUACUGAAGAUUGUAAUGAAGAAAAUAGUAGUUCAAUAUUUCAACAGAUGGCAUUCGUUGAAUGUAUUAAAUAUUGGGCUUUAGCUACAAAUCAGACACACCAUGCUGUAGAAAUGAUACUUGAAAUUCUUAGGGAAAAGAUUGCGCAAAAAUUUCCCAAGGACCCAAGGACGCUCUUGAAAACACCAAGAACAGCAACAAAUAUUACAAAUAUUGAAGGAGGACAACAAUGGUACAACGGUUUGCAGAAGUGUAUCAUCAAUAAUUUCAGGGAAAAGAUUGCGCAAAAAUUUCCCAAGGACCCAAGGACGCUCUUGAAAACAUCAAGAACAGCAACAAAUAUUACAAAUAUUGAAGGAGGACAACAAUGGUACAACGGUUUGCAGAAGUGUAUCAUCAAUAAUUUCAGUUUCAGGGACGACGAAAUUGAUGUGGAAACUAUUUCUAUUAAUAUUUCUAUCGAUGGCUUACCCUUACAUAAGAGUUCGUCCACGCAAUUUUGGCCAAUACUCGCAAAAAUACAUGAACUUCCUGACUUUCCUGUCAUGACUGUAGCGAUUUUCUGUGGCCCCAAAAAUCCAGGAAAUCUGGAUGAAAUUUUAGGACCCUUAAUCACUGAACUAAAUUCAUUAAUGGCCAAUGGAGUUUUUGUAAAGUCCAGAAAGAUAGGAUUAAAAAUACGAGCAAUAAUAGCAGACUCAUCAGCCAGAGCAUUUAUAAAAGGUGUUGCUUAUUUCAACGCGAAGAAUGGGUGUUUGAAGUGUAAAUGUGUUGGAGUAUUUAACCACGAUUCGAAUACAGUUGUGUUUAGAGGCAUUAACGCUCUUCUCCGAACUGACAAGGAAUUUAGAGAAGCAUACCAGACCGGACAUCAUAAAAUCUUGACACCUCUACUGCUACUGGAUAAUUUCGACAUGAUACAGAAUGUUAUUAUCGCAGACGUACUGCAUUUGAUAUACUUGGGUAUUAUGCGAAGAUUACUGUUUGGGUGGAGAGAUGGUACCUUAGGUAAAUACACAAAGUGGGCUUCCGGUACGAUUGAACAAAUUUCUAAGUGGUUAAAAAAUGUUAAAUUGCCUUAUGAAAUUCAUCAUAAAACACGAGAUCUAUAUUGUUUGCGACAUUGGAAAGGCACAGAAUAUAGUAGUUUUUUUUAUUAUUUAAGCUUUGUUAUCCUAAAGCACUAUUUACCAGAAGACGCAUACGAACAUUUUAUGCUUCUAUUUUGUUCAAUUACAUUAUUGUCGUCAAACAUUUACAAAUCAAAUUGGAAACUUGCUGCCGAAAUGCUUGAGCAAUAUGUUCUAGACUUCGAGAAGAUUUAUGGUGUAAAGUAUAUGACCAGCAAUGUUCACAAUUUACAACAUAUUUACAAGGACGUAGAUAAAUUUGGAAAAUUGCCAACCCUUUCAGCCUUUAAAUUUGAAAACGACUUACACUCCAUGAAAAAUAUGCUCAGAUCAGGAUACAAAAAUUUGCAACAGAUAGCUAAUAGAAAAAUUGAAUUAAUGAAUUUUAAACCUAUAAAUAUGACUAGAGUACAAUUUCCUUUCCUUAAAAUUCAAAAAAAAUGGUAGCAUGCAGCUACAUUUACGAAAUGGUUGUCUACUGAGAAAUUAUUUUCCUGAUUCUUGGUUUUUGACAACUGAUAAUUGUAUUGUGAAGUACCAUUCUGCUACUAAAGAACACGGAUCAAUUGUUAUUCAGGGUUUCAAAUUACUUGAUUGUUAUGAUGCAUUUGAUAGUCCAUUUUCUUCACAAAUAUUGCAUGCGUUUGAAGGUGAUAUAAAGAAAAUUACUCGUUCAACGUCCGAAUACAGAUGUGAAGAUGUAAAAUGUAAGCUGGUAGCAAUUAAUAGUGUCGAACCUGAUGGAUCCAAUUUUUUUUUCAUUUCGCUACUACACACUUUUAUAGAAUAGAAAUUAGUUAUGUAGUUAACAACUAAACAAACAUGUCAAAUUGAAUCAAAUUUAACUAACAUAUAGAGCGUAUAGUAAGCCUUAGUUAAAUGGUUUUACAAGAAUUAAUUUUUUACGGCAAUUCACGUUUCUGUUAUUUUUAAACACAUUCUGUAGAAAGAUAAUGCGACCUAGUUUUUAAUCUUUUUAUUAUUAAUUAAUAAAUAUAUUCAAAAACUUCUUAACAUCAACAUCUUUUGUUGUGAGAAGUAAGUUUUCGUAACCCUUGAAUCAUGCAUCUUUCCUGGCUAUGCUUUAAUUUUUUUAUGAAAAAAAUCUUUCAAGCAUUGAUCUGUUACCAAAGUCAAAUGGGUU